CAACGCGAAAUUGCUCUCCACGCAAAGCUGAUUGCUACAAUUAAUAAUUUGGUGGGAUUUCAGGGCUACCUUAAUAACGGUCUUACUCUUGUGAAAUUUCUGCGCCGGCUUAUUUUGAAUCCCAGUUGUUUGUAAAUAAUCGCAAUUUAUGGCGUCUAAUAAGGAGUGCCUAAUCAUCGUGCUAGAUAUCCGUCUCUGCGCCGCCGAGGAUGUGAAGCUGAAAUCCGUAAAAUGCGUGUUAGAAAUUUUGAAGGAUAAAAUCGUGUGCGACCGCAAGGACCACGUGGCUUUUGUGCUGGUGGGAUGUGACCGCAGCAAAAACUCUUUGGACGCUGCAAACAUAGUGGUGUGCAACGAGCCGCAACUUUGCACCUGGAAUCUUUUCAUAAAUUUCUGUAAUUUCGUUAACGAAACCGCAUCAGAAGAGGGUCAAUGGCUUCAAGGAUUAAACGUGGCGCUGGCUUUGCAGGAAACGGCCUUGCCGUUUAAGCCCUCGAGGCAAAGGAUACUCCUUCUCUUCGACUUUAAUAAUAUUCCGCAGGACUACGAGCAGUUCAACUCCAUUACUGACAACCUGCUCGAAUCAGGCAUUGAACUCAUUGUGGGCUCCCACAACAUAUCGUAUGUGGACAAUGCCGAGACCGGACAGCCGCAGCCCAUUUUCAACUUUUCGCGAAAGUGUGGACCCCACGAACUGGAGAAUCAGAAGUACGCUCUUAACCUGGUGCCACGGUGCAACGCGACCCUGUGCAGCUUCAAGGAGGCGUUGAGCUCUGUGUUCAAGAUCACCAACCGGCGACCCUGGGUGUGGAACGCCAAACUCCACAUUGGCAGUACGAUCAGCAUUCAAUUGCAGGGCAUGAUUGCCAUGAAGAACCAAACGCCUGUUAAGCUGGAGAAGGUCUGGGCGGCGGAAAAUGAAUCGGUAUCUCGCGAAACACGGUACUUUCUCAAGGGCACCGAAGUUAAACCCCUACCAGAGGACUUGGUGGCCGGGUAUAUGCUUGGAGGCACGCCGGUGCCAUACGAUGAUGCCUUGCUGGAAACGAAGGUACCGCAUCCACCGGGACUUCACUUUUUUGGCUUUAUCAAGCGCGACGCUGUUCCAGACGAAUAUUAUUGCGGAGACUCGCUGUACCUGCUGGUGCACCAGAAGCAAAACAAAGCCUCCGCCAAGAAACUAGAUGCUCUGGUGCGUGCUUUGAUUGCCUCCGAUCGGGCCAUUCUCUGCUGGAAGGUUUAUAGCACAAAGCUCAACACGCCGCGCAUGGUGGUACUGAUGCCGCGGUUGGCGGAUGAUGUUAACCCGGCCUCACUAUUCAUGCUAGAAGUGUCUUACUCGGGCCAGCACCACUUCUGGGAUUUCCCCGCUUUGCGAACCGAAAAGACGGAAUGCAGCGAAGCUCAGUUAGAAGCAAUCGACCGCUUGAUCGACAGCUCCGAUCUAGAGUGCUCGCUGCGGGACAACCAACAACCAAGGCCGUGGCCCCAGAAUGAUUUGUUACCGUUCGACGGUUUUCCCAGCAUUUUCGAACAGAACUUGAUGGACGUGCUGCAGUACCGAGUGCUUCGGAAAACCGAUAACGACGAACCGUUCAAAAAAAUGUUGCAAGACAAAAAUUUUUCGAAGGUGUUCUGGUCCGUUCCUGAGCCUCUCGAAGAGAAGUCCAAGCAGGCAGCUGCCAACGUAAAACAGCUAUUUCCCCUUCACUAUAGUCGUACAUGGCUGGAGAAGCUGCAAGCCAAGGAACAGGAGGAGGAGUCCAGAUGUGCGAAUCAAGAGCCUUCUGAAAAGACAAUGGUGAUGCCUGAUGAACGCGUCGGUCUAUUCAAUACUGCCGUAGACUUUAAACGCAUUCUAGAAAUCGUUCGAUCCACCACCAACGCCACAGAGAAGGAUUCCCAAUAUCAACGCCUUUCGGCGCAAAUCCGCGUUGUUAUCGUCACGCUGUUGAAUCGCCAAGUCCUUAAUCUAGAACAACUGACCGAAUUAAUCGGCUUGUAUAGACAGAGCUGCAUAGAAUUUAACGCUUUUAUGGAAUACGAAAAGUUCGCCGAGGAGCUAAAAGAGAUCACACUCGCAAAGCAUCUCAAAGAUUUCUGGCAAAAGGUCAUGGUAGACAAUCAGUUAGGUCCUCUGGUAAUGGGCGAGUCCAAUUUUGAUGAUGAGCUCAACCUAAAGUUAUACUUUGCAAUAGAUAAUUGGAACGAUCAGGAAUCGUGCCAAGACUCGGAACCGUCCGCGUGAAUAAAAUUGGAAAAAGUUGUUCUUGUUUACUUUUAUAUAUUGUACAAUUAUAUAUUUGAUUAAACCCGAUACACCUUUUAAUUGAUCUUUUUAAAUAAAUUUAAUAAACCUAAUAUUAAUAAA